UGAUCACGUAGGCUGAUAGAUGAGUUUUCGCAGAACUUUUUGAUUGAUUCAUAUAGGGCAAUUCAAUUAUUUGGACUUGUGCAUCUUAAGACAGAACAGUACGCAAACUGAGCAAGACAACUUCUUUAGGGUUGGAUCAUUUGUCAGGAGCGAAAUUUGUAUCCAGCAUCGAGUGUUUAACAUCUCUCCUCACAGGAUAUUUUUGAAAAUACAACUCAAAGACUUUCUGGGCGAUUACAAAGUGCAGGAUGAUUAUGGUCCAGAUAUGUUUCCUCGUGGUUCUCGUAUUAUUUAACCUUACAAGCUCCAGUUCUCAAGAAAAUAUCACUGAUAGUGAACGAUUCAGCAAAGCAAAUGCAACCGCUUGCGAGGAAGGAAGGUACGUGUUGAACAAAUGCGAAGAACGCUGUGAAUGCCGGGAUGGCAAGCUUAUGAACUGUUAUCGCGUUAGGAAGGAAUUCACUAAAAUGGACAUUAACUCAAGACGCCGCUUUCUUCGCACAUACAAAAUGGCUUCUAAUCAUGCUCUCUUCCGACGUAGCUUUGAAAAAGUCGUCGCUUAUCAUACAAAUACCUCCCACCAACUUCUUCACCAAACUCCAUUCAUCUUCCUUCCGUGGCAUAGAUGGUGGCUGGUCACAUUUGAAAACCUUCUCCGUAGAAUAGAUUGCCAGGUGACUAUUCCCUACUGGGACUGGAGCCAAGUUGCUUGUCACUGGUGGAGAGAGUCUGGUGACGAAGACAUCUGGAACCCAGGGGAUCAUGGACUGGGUGGAGAUGGGAACCCAUUCGCUAACUUCUGCGUUGAAACUGGGCCUUUUAGUAAGGAUAGAUGGCAACUGCUGAGAUCCGUAGGGGGAGGGUGUUUGAAAAGAGUUUUCUCCUACGAAUGCUUGACCGGUAGCACGCAUCACGUGAAGAGAACUUUAGCUCAGCCAGUAGAAGAGUUCUUCAAAUUUGAGGAAACAAUACGCUAUGUUUAUCAUUAUGAAAUUCACGAGUUCAUCGGUGGAACGAUGCUCGAGUCGACGACAUCUGCCAACGCCCCUGAAGUAGUUUUACAUCAUUCGUUUCUGGACAAGCUCUGGCUUCAAUGGCAGAAGAAAGGCAAAGACUAUAAAUAUGUUUACUUCUCGAAAAGUCGCCGCAAACUUCCUCAAUCAGAGUAUUACGCCUGGCAGUGGUUGGACUCCAACAAUCUUCCAGAUCAAGUCAAAGUUCUGUACGAAGAUUGGUGACACGGCACAGAGUGCUCCAGCAUUCUCCUACAUGCUCGAAAAGCAUAAGUACUUAUUGACCGAGAGGGUCAGACGGAAAAAUAUGCGGCUCGAGGUCAUAACCUACGGACCGAAAUCCGUGCGUCAUGACCGAGAGCCAAAUAUUUUCCCGUCUCGCCCGAUCAAUCUGAGUCAAUAAGCAUUUUAUCAUAUGACCAAUAUGAGCUGAAAAUUUCUUAACUUUAUUUCAACCCAAAGCAGGGCUUUCCUUUUUUUUUUCUUCGAGUCAGACCGGCUCACGUCAACCCACCCGACCCCACACAAGUUACCAUUCAUUAUGGUUUCCAUGGCAUUGCGCGUGCGGGCCAUACGGUCAUGUGAUAGGAACUUUCAUCUGACAGGUAAUGAAAUGAAGGCAAAAAAAUGGUUACAAAGAUACCAAGCAGAAGUACAAUUUACAUUAAAAAGACGGAUUUUUCUACGGCCGCAUUCGCUAGCGGGUCACCAUUGCGGAUCUAUUUUCCUUUUAAAUCUUUACAUUCUUAAAUUAGCCUGCACAUUCUCCAAACCAUUCUCCAUAUAUUUCAUAUAAAACUGAUAAGGAGAAUAUAUUUAGCAAUCAAGAGCUUCAUAAGUCUGCAAUCGUAUUCUCUAUUAUUUUGACCUUAAUGUUUGAUUCAGUUGUGAUACUGUAGGGAGAAAUUAGCUGCUAAUCACUAACAAGGGUUAAAGGGUUGACAUAUGAUGGGGGGAUAGGUCUCUUCCUUGAAUUGAAGUAAGUAAAGGUUACCGACAGAUUCUAUGUUACAGGGGUUGACUAUCGGACUGGAAAAAUAUGAAGAUCUAAGGUUCGAUUCGUAAGAGAUGUCCCAAGUUCGAGACAAGUCAUAAACUUGUUUCUGCAUCGGAUAGCGAGGCUCAAAACUUGCCAUCUCUAUUAAUCCAUUCUAAUUUACUUGGAUUGGCAAAGGUGUAUCGUUAUCAAGUAUCUGACUGGUUCCACUACCGAGUGACUGACUGACCGACAGACCAACUUACCAACCGAUACCUCGCUUACCCACUCGCUUAGCCACUCGCUUUAAAUGUGGAUU